UACCUAAAUAAAAAUAGAGAAGCAAUAUAUAAUAAAAUCAUGGCAAAGAGCAAAGAUGAUAUUACUCACGGGACAGCUCAAGCAAGACUAAGUGAAGAUGAUGCUUUGAGAAUAAGGUAUAAAGCAGGCACCCCUCUUGAAGGAGGAAAGAUUGCUGAAUCUCAACCUGUGGAUCUCUUCUCUAGUGCUCGCAAUAUUCAGAAUCAACAAGGCAGUAACAUUGCUGAUUCUCAAACUGUUGACCUCUUCUCAAGUGCACGCAAUAUUGCAGCAGUAAAACAAGCUGAAGAAGUUUCUGAUCGGGGAAAGAGUACUACUGUCUAUGACGACCAUGAUGAUAUGGAUAAACAUCAGCCACCAGCAGCUGCAACUCUCAUGUUUGAUAGUAAGACGGCUGAUAAUUUGACAUCAAACCCUCCCUAAGUAUCACCUUUUUAAUUACGUUUCCUUUUCUACGUACUCUACUAUGAAUAAUAGUAUUAUUGAACUUUUAUUUAGCUGCU